AUGUCCCAAACGAGGUUGCUUUACACGAAGUAUUACAAAGAGUAUGUACCGCCUGCCGCUGAGGUGCUUCGCUGGUUGGAAGACGAGUUGAAUCCGAAAAACAGAUGUCUCGAGGCGUUUCCUUCAAGCAUAGAGUUUUCCAGCCAGACCGACGCGGUGUCCCUCCCUGUCGAGCCUCUCCGGAAAGUCGACUCCAUCCUCACCAUCCCUGUGCCCUUGUACUAUGCGGGUUUCUUUGUCUCUGCGGCCUGGCUUUGCCAUUGGGGUGCCCGUACUCCUGGAUGGCCCAGGUGUAAUGACAUCCAGGUUGAAGUGGUGCGGAGGUGGGAGGCUGAGGGGAAACCGGAACCGUUCAUGAGCCCAAAGGUCACGAAAUGGCCAACGGGCGACUUCCUCAUCUACUUUGUGACCUUCUCGUACCCAGUCACCAUGCGCCAUAAUCUCGAUUUAUUCUAUGACAACAGGGACGCCAUACUUGAUCGGGCCUUGGGUCUCAUGAAAUUUCCUGACGACGAGAAGGAGCUCGUUAAGACCAAGUUAUUUAAAUGGCAUCGGUAUAUGAGAACUAUGAAGAAGGAGGUAGAGGCGUUGCCGGAGGAUGCGUGUUUGAGGAGAGUUCCUCAGAGUCAGAGUCGGACUAGCACUGCGAGUAAUAGCGAUAGCCACGAUACCAAGCCGCUCAGCGGUUAA